ACCUGAUUCUGGCAGUUGAGGGAAAAAAAAAACAUGUGAAAGCACAGAAAUGGUUGUAAAUUUUACUUUUUUUGUUAGGGUGUAUGAUUGAGAUCCAAACAAGGUCAUAAGAUAGAUGAGAACAGAAGAAAAGGCUGGUUUGUAAGGAAUGACUGACCGUGUAGUGUUUAAACGUAGCGUAAAUAUAGACAGACAGGCAGUUUUUAGUAGAUGGGCCAGCUGGAGAGAUGAAUAUGAAUGAGGUUGUAGGAACUGUGGAGGUCUGGUUCAGGUUAAUACCUCGAGUAGAGGUGAACAGUGUGUGCAUCAUUGUUUCUGCCUGUUUCUCUCAGUUCUCAUGGUUCCAUAUCGCACAUAAAGCGUACAUAUGCAUCUUUAUUUUUUCAGGACUGUUGGACUUUGCACCGUAUUUCCAUGAUAAUGGGAACAUGGCACUGUUUAGCAUCUCUGAAGACACCCCAGUCGGAUCUCAGGUGUUCACUCUGAAUGGGACAGACCCGGAGGGAGAUGAGGUCAGGUACGAUAUUAGCUUUGAGAACGGGUCUAAAGAGUACUUCCGGGUCGAGCCCAGAUCAGGACACGUCACUCUGAUCCAGGAACUGGACCGAGAGGUUGAAGAUGAAAUUCUUCUGUUGGUCAGCAUCACUGAUGGCAGGAAUAAGGUGGUAGAGAAAGUGCGCGUGUUUGUCUCAGAUGCUAACGACGAAAAGCCCGAGUUUCUCAGCCUGCCCUACAUCGUCAACGUCCCUGAGGAUACAGAGGCAGGACGCAGCAUUUUUAAAGUUCGAGCUGUGGAUAAAGACCUCGGUUCUGGAGGAAGUGUCACUUAUUUCCUGCAGACGUCUCCGAAAACCAAAUUCACCAUCGAUGGUCACAGCGGCGUGCUGCGUAUCAAAGCGGGCGAGUCUCUCGACUACGAGACGUCCAGCACACACUUCAUCACCGUGGUUGCCAAGGACGGUGGAGGUAAAUAUAACGGCAAACACCAGGUGAUGACGUCAUCAGCCACCAUAACUGUCAACGUUCUCGAUGCCCAGGACUCGCCUCCUACUUUUGUGGGAACGCCGUAUUUCGGAUACGUUUACGAAGUAUCCGAGCCUGGCUCGGAAAUAUUCACAGUGUCGGCCAAAGACGGGGAUCAGGUCAACCCUAACCCUAUUCAUUACUCGAUCGUUAACGGAAGUGACGGCUCCUUCAGCAUCAACAGCUCGAGUGGUUCCAUCAUUCUGAUGUCAUAUCCUGUCCAGCUGAAAAACGAGUUAUAUGAGCUGAAGGUUAAGGCCUCGGAGGUGGGGCCUGAGAACGAGCUGCUGGACUCGGCCGUGACGGUGGUGACCAUCCGCGUGGUGGAUCUGAACAAUCAUCCGCCCACCUUUUACGGCGAGACGGGCAAACAGGACAGAUUUGAGCUGACCAUGUGUGAACAUCCUCCUGAAGGAGAAAUCCUCAGAGGACUGAAGAUCACUGUCAACGAUUCUGACCAGGGAGCGAACGCGAAGUUCAGACUCAGACUGGUCGGACCUGGGCGAGUUCUCCGUGUCGUUCCUCAAACUGUCCUCAACGAAGCCCAAGUCACCAUCAUCGUAGAGAACUCGAGUGCCAUCGACUACGAAAAACACUCGUUUUUAACGUUCAAGUUGUUAGCGGUGGAAAUCGACACGCCGGAGCGCUUCAGUUCCACAGCAGACAUCAUCAUCCAUCUCCUGGACGUAAACGACAACACUCCCAGGUUUUCCUCGGAGUUUUACAUCGCCAGGAUCCCGGAGAACUCACCUGGAGGCUCCACCGUCGUGUCUGUCACUGCGUCGGAUCCUGACUCGGGGCUUUGGGGAGAAGUGCAAUACUCCAUCUACGGCUCAGGAGCUGAUCUGUUCCUGAUCCACCCCACCUCGGGGAUCAUCUACACUCAGCCGUGGGCGUCUCUGGACGCGGAGGUGAAGUCGAAGUAUAAUUUCUACGUGAAGGCAGAAGACAGCGAGGGGAAGUACAGCCUGGCCGAGGUCUUCGUCACGGUUCUAGAUCAGAACGAUCAUUCUCCAGAGUUUAACGAGAACUUCCUGGAGAAGACCAUGAUCCUCGGCGCUCCUGUGAAGAUAGAGGCGGUGGAUGACGAUGCCGAGGAACCCAACAACGUCAUCGAGUACUCCAUCAUGAAGGCUGAGCCGGAGAACGUUUUCGACAUCAACGCCAGCACGGGCGAGAUCAAGCUAAAGCCCUUCAUCAAGUCCAUGCAGAUGGUGCAGAACAUCACCAGACAGCACGACUGCAAGUGGUCAGUGGUGGUCCAGGCGCGAGAUCGAGGUUCUCCUUCGUUCAUGACCACCGCCGUCGUCCAGCUCGACAUCACCGAAGCAAAUCAGCUCUCGGGCCCAGUGGCGGCGUUUUUAAUGCAGAGCAGAGACAAUCCGGUAAAGGCUUUGGGCGUGGCAGCUGGGGUCAUUAGCGUGAUGGUGAUGGUCACCGUGGUGAUCUCCACAGCGAUGUACCUGCGCAACACAAAGUCCAACAGGAUCGGGCCGUCCCGCCGUGUCGUCCGCCGCAGGCGUGGAGAACCUCAGCAGUGGAACUUCACGUUCGGAAACUCGCAAAGUCCAGAGAAGCUCCUCGCUGGUCACGAUGUGGAGAGCAACAAGAAGAGCGACAGAUCAUGGUCCAAACCUCCACCACCGUGUGCACCACUUCUGCCUCCACCUCCACCAAACAACAACCCCAGGAUGAGCGAGCAUCACGGCGCCGUGCCUACCGUCUCAGGAUCCUUAAGCUCCUGGAGCUCGAGCGAGAGAUCCAUCAGCAGCAGAGAUACAGAAGAUCAGCCGAGUAAGAAGAGAGAGGGAAACGUCAGCUCAGCGCUGGUUUCCGAGCUGAAGAAGAGGCUGGAGCAGAAGAUCAUCGAGGCUAAUCAAGGCUACUACUGCUGAAACCACUGGGUUAGCAAACAUGCUAGCGUAGAUCCUUACUACUGAAGCCACCAGAUUAGCAUAGAUUACUUUGCUAGCGCAGAAAAAAAGGAAGCACGAGAUUAUAACCAAGAAAUGCGACUCGACGGUGGCAGCUGGUCCGGGUUAACGUUCUGCCUCUGCUUUUUAUAAGUGAUGCACGAUGAAAUAUUUAUACGCUAACACUACUACUCCUAAUAAUAAUAAUAAUAAGUGAGGUGUGUGUAAAUAGCGCUGAGGCGUAAGGUUCAGAUUUUCGGAUUUCAGUAGUUAAAGGAAGAAACAUCAAGAGUUAAAGAGAGAAGAUAUCAUUUAAUCGUAGUUUUAUCAUGCGGUUUGUGUGCUUCGGAGUUUAUUUACACCGCUUCAGAUCAGCUCUGAGUCUUAAGCUCUGCUGCGCUAAAUUUAAGAUUAAUAACAUCCGCAAGGAACAGAGAAGAAGUGUAAAGAGAAAAGAAGAAAUCCGAACUUCACACACGUUUUCGUUCUUUCAUUUGCACUUUGGUAUGAACUUUAUUUAAACUUGCCUAUGAAAUUUCUGCGGUAUUUAUCUAAAACGUAAAGCGAAAUGUAGAUCGAUACAAAAUCUUCCCUCUUACCCCAAAUCAAUUAGCGAAGUCAUGUUUGGUGUCUGAACUUUUUCCCCUACAUUCCCACAGCAAGUGUUGCUUGUAGUUUAUCUCCUGUGGGCGUGGCCUGUCCAGCGUCUUUAGCUCCGAUGAGAUACGAUAGUAAACACAUAGUAAACUAUUUAAACACAAUUUAAAUAAGGCACUAAUUUACAAUAGUAAAUGCUCGGCUUCGUGCUAUCUUCUUUCCCAGAUUAGAUUAGCAAAACAAGCUAACUAUGCUAGCUCUGUACACUCACCAGAAGCAUCAUCGAUCUUUACUACUUCCUUCCAGCUUUACAUUUCUUUAUAAUGUCUCUAUACACAUUUAAUGAGAGGUCGUAUAUAACAGAUAAAACGAAACCACGCCUUUUUCUUCCAUUUGUGCUUCAAUCAGUAAAAUUUUAGUAGGAACUAAAGUCGUGAGCAGGGAACUGAAGAAACGUCGCACCACACAGGCCACAGGAUUGGUCCGAGGAAUCGUUCGAGCUAAUCAUUUGGAUUUGUUGUUUUACGUACGUACGUACGAACAUCUGUUGCUUUGUCACUUGCUAGCAUGAACAUAGCGCUAGUGUUGCACUGGAGCUAGGAGGCUAAUGUAGCUAACAAGUCAUGUGUAAAACUUUUGUCUAAAGUUCCUGCCUUAAACCACACCCACUAAAUCUAAAUACUUUAGCACCGUUUGGUAGUAUGGCUCCACCCCCUAAGCCCCGCCCCCUUGUUUGAAGGCAGAUUAGGUCUGAAUAUGUAAAUACGCUGUACAGUAUCAUUCCUGUAUGACAAAAAAUAUUUCAAAAUAAGAUUAGAAAGACUAACAAUGUCAUUUAAAGAAAGUUUAAGCAAAUUGAUGUGUUUAUGGACAACAUCAGACACCAGACACGUCUCAGCUGACUUUAUUUUCCUUUCUUUAUGUUUACUAGUUUACUCAUCUGAGUAGGAUUUUAUACUAAUCACUUGCAUGUCUGAAUCUUUUCAACUGACUUUUCACUUGGAGUUGCUUCUUUAGUCAGUUCUUGUAACAUUAUAGUAAUAAUAAUAAUAAUAAUAAUAAUAAUAAUAAUACACAUAUAUUUGUUCAAAGUUAAUUAUUGGGUUCUGUUUAAAUUCUUCUAACAGCAUUAAUCUCACACUUCACUCCAACACUCCUGUUUUUAAAUAAUUCAGAAGGAAGCGUCUCCUCGGUGAGACACAGACAUCCGGAAGUUUCUACGCAGAUGAUUUUACGAUGUGUUUAUCGUGAACAGUUUGAUGUAAUGACGUCUGUUUCUGCUGUGGUGAUUAAACUUAACGCUGUUUAGCGUCUGUUUAAACUGUU